GAGUAUAAAACCAGAAGGCCCUCCACCUUCCUAGCUCCCAUUCCAUUGCCAAUUCCAUUACCUUCUUCUACAACCUUUUCAACGCAUCCGUUCACCUGAAUCAGCUACUAGAGAAGACUAGAGCAGAAAGAACAAGACAACGAAAGCAAAGAGAAACCCCUGAUUCCCCAGCAAUGGCCGUCAAAAUCUACAUUGUUUACUACUCCAUGUAUGGACAUGUUGAGAAACUAGCUGAAGAGAUUAAGAAAGGAGCUUCCAGUGUGGAGGGAGUUGAAGUGAAGCUAUUUCAGGUACCAGAGACAAUGAAUGAAGAGGUUCUUGGCAAGAUGGGAGCACCAUCGAAGAGUGAGGUCCCCACCAUCACUGCCAAUGAACUUGCCGAGGCUGAUGGCAUCCUCUUUGGCUUCCCAACUCGAUUCGGCAUGAUGGCUGCUCAGUUCAAGGCAUUCCUGGACUCCACUGGUGGGCUGUGGAGGACUCAGGCACUCUCAGGGAAGCCUGCUGGUAUCUUCUACUCGACUGGCUCUCAAGGAGGAGGCCAGGAGACUACACCCUUGACCGCGAUCACUCAGCUCGUUCACCAUGGGAUGCUCUUCGUCCCAGUGGGUUACACAUUUGGAGCUGGUAUGUUCGAGAUGGAGCAGGUCAAAGGUGGGAGUCCUUAUGGUGCUGGCACAUUUGCAGGGGAUGGCUCCAGGCAGCCUACUGAGCUAGAGCUGGGACUGGCUCACCACCAAGGGCAGUACUUUGCUGGGAUUGCCACAAAAUUGAAGGGUUCUUCUGUUGAUGCUUAAGUGGAGAGGGAUUUUUGGGGAUUCUCCAUACAGUCAAAACUUACAAUGUGUUUUUUAUGCUCCUUAAUAUACAAAUUAGAAGCUUUGGAUUCCUCUCAUUCUGUGUUUGAGUAAUAAUGUAUUACCAUGUAAUCUCAUUGUUGGGCUACAUGAUUUUCUUGUAUCUUAGUUUUGUGUCGUCCUCUGCAAUUUUAUUUUUUAAUAGAAUAAUGGUUGUGUUCUUUACAUUACUUCUUUGUUAAUGAAUUUAAAAUUUCAUUUAUGCAAGGCUUUCUUUUAAUGUAUGUAAUUUUAGUGUGGGUAUGUGGGUGG